CACACGCGUAAGCCAUGACGAUCACCCGCAAUCUCAGCCGUUUGAUUCCUAUUCGUACCUUCCCAUGAUCCAUAUGUGAACAACCUAACUCCCCUUCAGACAUCAGACAGACAGACAACAGCCAAAUUAAAGAAACAAACAAAUCUUGUAACUGAAGCUUCUUCCUCCUCCUCGUUAACCGCUACGAACUCAUUCUUCUUUAUUCGCUCUCUUCUUUGCGAUUUGCGAAUGCUGAGUUGUGAGUUCUGACUCCCUUCACUUUCUUCGCCGCCUUGGAUCCUAAAAAAAGAGAGAGACGCGCUUCCCUUCCUCACUAAUCACUAUACUACCACAAAAGAGUUUCUCUUCUCCUCCGCAUUCGAAUCAGGGUAGGGUUUCUAACUGCAUUAAUUCCUCCUCUACGUUCCAUUUGGUUGAUAAAAUGGAACCGAUCAGACGCUUGAGGUUCUUCCUAUCGUGGACACUUCUUCUACUACUUGGGUUCGUAGAAUCUGACACUCCACAUCUUUUCUUCGACUGGACUGUUUCUUACUCCCAAGUGUCUCCUCUUGGGGUACCCAAACAGGUGAUCGUGAUCAAUGAUCAAUUCCCGGGUCCGGUGUUGAACGUGACAACCAAUGAUGUCGUGAACGUUAAUGUUCUUAACAAGUUGACGGAGCCUCUCCUUUUCACAUGGAACGGAGUGCAACAAAGGAAGAAUUCAUGGCAAGACGGUGUACAAGGAACGAACUGCCCGAUACCGCCGGGACAAAACUGGACGUACAGUUUCCAGGUGAAGGAUCAGAUCGGAAGCUUCUUCUAUUUCCCCUCGGUUCUGUUUCAGAAGGCAGCCGGUGGUUACGGUGCCAUCCGGGUGAAUAAUCGUGUUGUGAUUCCUCUUCCUUUUCCUCGUCCCCUCCAAGAGUUCGACGUCUUAAUAGGAGACUGGUAUAAUGCAGAUUACAGGGACUUGAGGGUUUCACUCGAUAAAGGGAUCCCCUUGCCUCAACCAGAUGGAAUUCUCAUAAAUGGACUUGCCCCUUAUCAAGCGAAUUUUGCAUUUCGCACGGGGGCCACUUACCGGCUAAGAAUCUCAAAUGUUGGGCUUAAAACGUGUCUGAACUUCAGAAUUGAAGGCCAUCUGAUGUUGUUGGUGGAGACAGAGGGGUCGUACACCCUGCAACAAUACUACCAGACUCUGGACAUCCAUGUGGGUCAAUCCUACUCAGUCCUAGUAACUGCUAAUCAGAAAUCUGGAAUGUCAUAUCACAUGGUUGCCGUCUCCCGAUUUUCUGUACCCGAACUCGCAGGUGCUGCAGUGAUACACUAUCCAGGCUCUCAAGGCAAUUCGAAGGGGCCGCUCCCCACAGGACCCGACCCUUUUGAUUAUAGAUACUCCAUAGAGCAAGCCCGUUCCAUAAGGUGGGAUUUAGCAGUAGGAGCGGCUCGGCCAAAUCCACAGGGUUCCUUCCGUUACGGCCUCAUCAAUGUAUCUCGCACCAUCAUCCUCGAGAACGACAUGACGGUCAUUGGCAGCCGUCAGCGAUACACAGUAAACGGCAUCUCCUUUGUGCACUCGGACACGCCAUUGAAGCUGGCCGACUAUUUCCAGCUAGGUGAUGUCUUUGCAAUCAAUGCCAUUCCCGACAAACCGGAUGGCCGUAACCCGGCAUUGGGCACAUCAGUGAUGGAUCUCAGGUAUCGGGAUUUCAUUCACAUUGUCUUCCAGAACCCCUUGCCAACAAUGCAAACUUGGCACUUUGAUGGCUACAACUUCUUCGUUGUUGGGAUGGAUGAAGGGAAGUGGGAUGAGAGUAAGCGAUUAGCGUAUAACAUGCUCGAUGCCGUUUCUCGUUCUACUGUCCAGGUUUAUCCAAACGCAUGGACGGCAAUAAUGGUGGAGUUGGACAACCAAGGGAUGUGGAAUUUCAGAUCUCAGGAUGCAGAGAAGUGGUACCUAGGUCAAGAGUUGUAUGUGAGAGUUAAAGGCGAGGGGCAGGAUGACCCGUCAACAGUACCCGCCAGGGAUGAGCUUCCUAUUCCUACUAAUGUUAUCAGAUGUGGAAGAGCCGGUUCUAUGUAACAACAACCCUCUUUUGUCACUUUUUCUAAGCCUAACCACUCUUUUAAUUAGCUAGUAAUUACUCUUUCUGUUUCUGGUUUUGCCCUUUUUUCAUGCAUUAGGUUGGAUAAGAUGCAACAUGUUGUUCAUUA